ACUGCAAUGAAGAAAAGAAAACUUGCUGAAAAGAAAGUGAUCCAAAGUAUGGCAUCAUUCAUUAGUGAUGUGGUUACGUAUUUGAUGAAUCAUUCAUCACAGGAUGAAGCUUUUCAUGAACAGAUCAGAGAACCUGUGGAAUCAUGUUUAUCAAGUCUGAGAGAAAUGAUGAAGAAAGUAGUGGAUAAAUGCAGUAGCAUUAUUGUGAAGAGAUUCUCGGUUUUAAUCCAGAUCAGUCUUAAUGGAGUACAGGAGGCAAUCACAGCCUGUGAGCAAACUGCCAGGAGCUGGGGAUCAUUGGAUGAAACUCCAGGUAAAUAUCCUUAUCGCACCUAUAAAGCUGUCUGUGUUCGUCAAGGUGUGUUCACAUCAAGAAAAUAUGGCUCCAUUGACUUCAAUGAAGAACUAACAGAGCCUAUCCUCACAACUCUACAGAAGGACUGGAAUCAAGUCUUUAGUUAUGAUCUUCAUAGUAACCUGAACAGCUUCAAGACCAGCAUCUUACAGAAAGUGAACAAGUUCUUUAAAUAUGUCAUGAGCAGACUAUGCAAGAUGAACAUAAGGACAGAAGCAGUAAAGAAAAUUCAGAGACAACAGAUAAAAACAGUAGAAGUGGAGCUAAGUAACUUCAUCAUGGAUAUGGAAGCCCUUAUAAAUCAAAGGCAGCGAGAGAUUUCCCGUCUUCUGACUGCAGUAGUACAAGUCGAAAUGAAAUCAACUUAUGCAGCUUGUGCAGAGAUGCGUGGUCAUGGCUGUUUACAGCAAAUGACAAAAUGUAUGUGUGACUUCAUUCACAGAAAAAAUGUGCAGAUGUUUAGAUCAGUUGGAGACAGUCUAACAAAAGAAUUAAAAUGUUUCCAGACUCAGAUAUGGAAUUGCCUUGAGUUAAAGACGAAGAGUCUGCACAAGUCACUGACUAUUCAGUUUGAGCCUCUGUUGAAGUGUAUGAAGGAAAACAAUGUGACUAUUCAUGAACUGAUACUUAUUUACAGACAAGUUAGUGAAAUAUGUCGAAGGUCUAAUAUUGAAUUCAAAUUUAAUGAUCUAAAUGAAGAAGACGAGGAGUGUUUACCUUCUACAUCAGGGGCUGCAAAAAGUACCACUUGUACAAAAAAAAUAGAUUUUCAUGAGGGAAUAUGUGGCAUGGAUGAUGAGGACGGUAAUACCUUUCCAAAGAUCUACCACAGCCCUACACAGACAUGCCAUAAAGAAAAAAACACUUUUGCAGCACCACCACCUUUGGAGUCAUCACGCUCUUCCAUUACCUGCAAACGCAAACGCUCCAAAUCUAUGGAUAAAAUCCUAAAUCUGUCUGGUCAGGAGAGAGGACUAGAUUCCUUGCAAACUCCAGCAGUCCCCAGUAAAAUCAAAACAACUUCACAUGGCCAGCAAGUAUCUGUUCUGGAAACAUGUACAACCACCUGCAGCUCAGAAGACCAAGAAGAAGCUAACUCCACUGGAGGUGAGACCAAUAGGCAGACUGAUAUGCAUCCAACUUCAAUAGCAGCAGUGCCACCACAGAACAAGCCUGGAAGCAGUGAUUUUUGGAAAACUAAAUCCAAACAAUGAUAAUGAUAAGGAAUGAAAUGCAGAACAUGAAGUAUUGUUUUCCUGCCGUUUAUAUACCAUCAUGUGAAAAUUAUAUUUUGCUAUCAAUUUGUCUCUAUAACAAAUAUAGUUAUCAGUACAUAUACCUGAAAACCUUGUCAUUUUAAAUGGUGUACCAGAAUAUCUGCAGCAGGGCUUCAGAUCUUCAGAAUAAAAUUUGAAGUGAAAGU